UUUUAGAAAUAUCUUUUUUCGUUUUAAGUCUUACUCGGGUUAUAGCAAAGAGUGAAUAUAACAACACGUGUGCAUAUAAGUUGAUUGAGGGAGAUCAAAAACCUUCACUUGAUACAUAUGGAGACGUAUUGUCGUAUAAAAUAUGGAAUAACCAAAGCGGAUGUAUUAUGAACGUGGAUGACAUUUACAAAAACUUAACAAAACAUGUAACAGUGGACAUAACUUAUCUCUAUUCAGGUGUAAAUUUCCAAUGCAUAGAUAAUAGUGAUAUUCACUUUCUAUCGUUUGAAACCAAUGGGAAAAUUGAUCAACUUGAUGUCUUCUUUGAUUUGUCUAUAACUUUGUGUUCUGUAUAUAUGGAUGAAUUGGCGAAUUUUCAACAAUAUGGAUACAUUUUUUCUAUUAGUACCGCAAAUGAAACGUACAUACACCCAGAUGCUUCUUGCUCUAGUUUGAAAAAUCUUAGAGAGUUAUCGUCAAGUCUAAUUUGUACAGAAAACUAUAAAAACGAAACAAGUCUAAGAAAAAGAAAAUCUUUCUUCUGGGAGGAAUGCGACCCAUUUAAUCAACUAACUGAAUUGAAUCUUCAGGGAUGUAGGAAGGACAUGUAUAAUAUUGACUCCUAUUUCGUACAAAGUAAAUUUCCAAAACUUCAACAGCUUCGGUUGAAAUACACGAACUUGACAUUAAGUGAAAUGACUUUUCCAUGGACAAAUGAAUCUUUCAACAUCUCUGAUCUUGAUAGUAUCAAACCCAUAACCUUUUAUACAGAAAGUGAUGAGUACGGCAGUUAUUCCAUAAAAAGAAUUAUCGCUAUACAUGACAGCAUUGUAAAAUUCAGCAAUGAUGUUACCUUGGUCGGAUAUAUAUCUGAAAUAGUCAUAAAGAAAAACAAAAUGCCAAAACUAACAGAUACUAUGUUCAUGAAAGUACGCGAUUUGAUAGUCCUUGAUCUAUCAUAUAAUGAAAUCAAAGAAGUGGACAAACAUGCUUUUAUAAUGCAGACCAAGCUGGAGACACUUAUCUUAGCUAAUAACAAUUUGACAACACUACCAUUAGAUGUGUUUGACAAUCUGUCUAAUUUGUUGAAUUUAGACUUAUCUUCAAACAGAAUAACUAAAGUUGAACAACGAUAUUUCAAACAUUUGACUAAAUUGGAGAACCUAAAUUUGGAACACAAUUCCAUAAUAACAUUACCGUAUGACUUUCUUGAGUCGCAGAUUAACUCAAUUCGUUACGUCAUUCUUGCCGAAAACCCUUUAGAAAAUUUACCAUUGAAUGUUUUCUAUGCUCCAAAGAUACAGUUUGUCGAUAUGCGCCAUUGCCGUAUCAAUGCUAGUGGGCUUCAGCCACUGCUGUACAAUGCAAGCUAUUCAAAAAUGGUUAACACUGAACAAAAGAUCCCUUCAAUAUUUGAUCUGUCUCAAAAUGAUAUUACAAAGAUACCGAUAAAUUUAAAGAAUUUAUCAGAAGAUCUAAUGACUAAUUUCAUGUCUAUUAUCAUGAAAUUUUACCUUAAUCUAAAGGGCAAUCCAAUAGACUGUAGGUGUUCGAAAGUUUUUAUUACAAUGUCAGAAGCUUUGCGUAUACAUGAAAUUGACUGGAAAUGUCAAGAACCAUCGGAGCUCAAAGGACGAUUAAUGACCACGAUAAAACCUCAAGAAAUAUAUUGUCCAAUUUACAGCCAUUCUUGUCCUGAUAAAUGUGCUUGUUUUAAACGUAAUUAUACCAACACCCUAAUGAUUGACUGUAGGAAUAUCAAUAUGACUUCCUUACCCUCGGUGAUGCCAGCUGGAAGAUUAGAAAUGUGGUUCCGUAAUUCAAGCUUACUUGAAAUAUCACCUAGGGACUAUAUGGAAAAUAUCACUUUUCUAGAUGUUUCUCAUAAUAGAAUAAACCAGAUCACAACCGUUACUGCAAAAGCUCUGGGCAACGUCUCAACUUUGAAGUUAGAUUACAAUACUUUGACACAUCUUCCUAAACAGUUGGCGACAAUGAACAUGUCCAAAAUAACCCUCUUAGGCAACUCAUUCAUUUGUGAUUGCAAUAUGAAAUGGAUGAAAUCAUGGCUUCUUAUACGAACGAAUCCAGUUGAAAAUUGGGAAAGGGUUAAAUGUAAAUAUAACACAAACAGUUUUGGACAAUUGAUUUCAUUACCCGAUUCAGCGUUUGUGUGCACAACAAAUUUCCUCCUCCACGAACCUGAAGAAAUAUAUUAUCCAAUUUACAGCCAUUCUUGUCCUAAUGAAUGUGCUUGUUUUGAGCGUUUUAACGCCAGCAAACUAAUCAUUGACUGUCGGAAUAUCAAUAUGACUUCCUUACCUUCGGUGAUGCCAGCUGGAAGAUUAGAAUUGUGGUUCCGUAAUUCAAGCUUACUUGAAAUAUCACCAAGGGACUAUAUGAAAAAUAUCACUUUUCUAGAUGUUUCUCAUAAUAAAAUAAACCAGAUCACAACCGUUACUGCAAAAGCUCUGGGCAACGUCUCAAUUUUGAAGUUAGACCACAAUUACUUGACACAUCUACCUGAACAGUUGGCGACAAUGAACAUGUCCAAAGUUACGCUCUUAGGCAACCCAUUCAUUUGUGAUUGCAAGAUGAAAUGGAUGAAAUCAUGGCUUCUUAUACGAACGAAUCCAGUCGAGCAUUGGAAAAGUAUUGAAUGUAAAUAUAACACAAGCAGUUUUGAAAAAAUGAUUUUAUUACCUGAUUCAGUGUUUGUUUGCAAAACAAAUUUGCUCCUCCACGAACAUGUAGUUUUUCCGUCAGUAACAACAGGAAGUGUCUUGUUUAUUUUAGUAUGCAUUUUUCUUCUUACAGUCAAACGUUUAUUAAGCGACCGCGCUGGGGGGAAAACAAAAAUGGUCGCUUAACAAAACGGUCUCUUAAGACAAAGCAUGAAAAAAGUAAAAAAAUAUACAUGACAUAUUUCCUGGGCGGUGGGGAAGAUUUUUUUACUUCAAACUUAAUUUAUAUAAAUGUUUAAUAAUUAUAACGCUCCGAUCAUCUCAACAGAUGCUCAAAUAAAAAAACUUCUGAUAUUUAUUGACAAAACAGUUUUGAUUUUUUUUUCGACAGGUAAAAUCUAAUUUCUGAAGAUGGUUUCUGUGGUGCAUUUUUCAUUUGAAAUGAACAAACUACCUCUAAUUGUAAUGAUUAAUUUAACUGAUGAUCAAUGUCAAGGUCAAUUCAAUGCAGUCUAAAUAUCAACAACGAAGCGUAUACACCAUCUCAGUAGGGGCGGAGCGUUGCAUUGUUCUAUCGAUUUAAAUGGAUAAUUCUCGUCACGCGUAUAAUUAACUUAAUUUGCAUACGAUAAAAACGGUUUGGGAACUAGAGUUUUUCACACAUUUAUAUUAUAAUUGCAUGUAUAUUGUGUUUUGAUUGUUGACGCUUGCACGGAUUUUAAUUUUCAAUAUUAUUAAAUUUAAUUGUAAUAUAAAUCCGUGACGCUUGUGAAUUCACGAGAAAAAACAGAAGCACUUGACAGGUAGGAGCACAGCAGAGUUUGUCUGCAGUCAAAUCCUAAAAGUUGUCGCUAAAUGAAAAGAUUGAUAUUAAUUAGCUGACUAAUUAGCGGUCGCCGGUCACGUUGAGCAAAAGUCGCGUAAUAUAGCUAUACUAUGCUCAAAUUAGAUAUCAGAAAAUAUUAACAAGAAAAGCAUUGAUGCAAAGCAUCAAAGGCGUCCAAGCAAGAAAUGCAGCACGUGAAGAUGAACUAGUAGACAUAUGAUGACUUUUCAAUGGUUAAUUGGUUUUUACCAGAAUUGUUUAUCACUUAUGAAUGAGCGGACGAAAGACAUUGUUCAUUAUGAACUUUGAUAGGCAUGCUAUAGAUUAGAAAAUUACUUGCUUGUUUUUUCCACAGGAACUUGAAAGUUUAUCAAUAUUAACGAUAAUAUCCAAAAUAUACAGGUCAAUGAUAUUCAACAUAUAAUUUCCAUAUGGUUUGAGUUUAUUUAUACUAUAUAGGGGGUAUUUUUUAGAUAUUAUCAUUAAUAUUGGUGAUUCGAUAGAAUUUCAAGUUCAUGUGGUAUUUUCUUUGGACCAUACAAAAUAGUAGUCAAAAUCAAGAGUUCUUUUACAUUCUUGAAAUAAUUAAAUACAUAUAUAAUAUUAUAUUAUAAUUGUUAUUUUUUUAUGGUCAUAAAUGUAAUAUCGUGAUUAUUAAUAGCAACGGAUAUAUACAAUCAUUUCUUAAUCCAUCUGUGUAAGGCAUGACCAACACCACACUUGUGUUUUAUCCCUUAUUAUGUUAUCACUAUUAGCGAAGACCCUGUUCACACAUAGUAACAAUAUGACACUGGUUAUAUUACCAUGUUGAGCAUAAUUGUUUUAUUAUACAAUAAUUGUAAUAUUCAUUUUAAUAUAUUUUUACAUAUUUUGUGAAUAAUGUUUUCUUUUUCUUUCUUUUUUUUUUGUGUUUCAUGUGCUAUUUUAAUACUGAGUUUUUACGUUUACUACUUUUUUAUGAAAAUUGUAAAAUAAAUUUUAAGAAUUCAAUUGUCAUAUUGACCUACGAUUAUCAGUAAAAAAUAACUGUUAAACGUCAGUAAAUUAUAUUAUAUUGUAUUAUAUUGUUUAUUCUUAAACCAUGUACAUGUACACUUGUAUUUUUAUUUAUCAUUUUUUAAAUUAUCAAUCAAUUGAAUAAUUCAUAAAAUUUAAUUUGUAACUUAGAAUAAUUCCUCUGCAUCUUUACUAAACACGAAUAACAAAUAAAAUAAAAUAAUUCAAAGUUGAUGGUAUCAUAUUAAUACCAUAAAAAUGUACCUUUUUACUCAAUUAUUGUACAUAUUUAUUGUUUUACCUCAUCUAUAUAAAAUGAAACAUGCUAUUGUUG